GACCCUCAAGGUUCAAUGUCGCUGGGUCUAAGAAUGGAAGAGAUCAUUUUCAACUUGGCCGACACCCAUUUGUUCUUCAACGACUUGGAGGAGUGUGAUCAAGUCCAUAUAGACGACGUGUCCUCAGAUGACAACGGUCAGGAUCUGAGGUCCAACUGUGUUAACGUGUUAGUCACCACCACCCAGCUGGUGCCGGCGCUGGCCAAGGUGCUGCUCUACGGACUGGGCGGGGUCUUCAACAUUGAGAACAUCUACAGCGCCACCAAGAUUGGCAAAGAGAGCUGUUUCGAGCGCAUCGUGUCUCGGUUCGGCCGGAAGUGUACAUACGUGGUGGUGGGGGACGGGAGGGAUGAGGAGUCAGCCUCCAAACAGAUGAACUGGCCGUUCUGGCGAAUCUCCAACCAUUCCGAUCUGGCUGCUCUGCACCACGCCCUUGACCUCAGCUACCUCUAGGACACGCCCUACAGGACACACUCCCCGCCCUGAACCACGCCCACCUGUUGUGUGUGUUGUGUGUGGAAUCUACGCCUACAAGCUCGACGGUUUGAGUGAAGCAGGAGAGACGGGAGAAGAUGGAAGUGAGAAUGAAAGAAAGGAUAGCAUUUCUGAGGCACAGGAACGAGGCGAGAAAGAACCAAGAAGCGUCUUUUGUUAACACUCUCUCUUUCUGCACCACGAUUUUUGUCAUCGUUGGUCAAAACGAAAGAAAUGGCUCAUUUCAGUGCAUGGAAGAGUUAAUAAUGGAAACUGGAUAUUCGCACGGACAACAACAGCGCUGGGUUCGGGGUGGCAUCUGUGUGGCUAUGUUCUGAUGUGCAGCGUCGUCCGAGAAAUAAAGAGAAAGAUACAGAAGGAGAUAGGGUGUGUGUUGUUGUAUGUGGGCUCAAACCAAGGAAGAUUUCGUGUGCUUGGAGUUGGAGCACAUUGAUUAAUUUACUGUGACUUUUUGGAAUCGUCAGACAAGGUGUACACACGUUCUUUUGCCAAAGAGGGACGGAUGUACGAUUGAUUCCUGGGUAGGAAAGAGGAAGGAAGGCAGAUUUGUCCUUCUGUGUAACUCCUGAUUGAUGCUGUUUGUAUUUUAUUUUAUUUUUUGUUUGUUAUAUUGUUGUUGUUAUUUUAGUCUUAUCUUCGGAUGGCUCAACGCUGUCCUGUUUACAUCAUUCUCUACGAUAGAAAUAUCUUUUGUCUAGGUGUGUGUGUGGGGGUGUGUUUGUGUGUGGGGGUGUGUGUGUGUGUGUGUGUCGAGGUUCAGUGCGAAAGUGGACGCCCACACCAACACAGCGAAGGUAAAAAAAAAACACGUCC